AUGCGAUUUGGCUUCCUGCUCCUGCUUCUGGACCUUGCACUGGCCCAGCCAGAUUACUUUGACGAGCAAACUGAGUCGUACUAUCUCCAGGAAGAAAGAAUCCUUGGGACAUCUAAGUUUAACCAGCUUAACAGAUACACUUACCAGCCGUACGUUUCCAACGGGUACAUCGGCUCGCGAAUCCCCAACCUUGGGUUUGGCUUCAGCUACGACCAAAAUGAGAACGCCACGAGUUCGGACCUCUCGAACGGCUGGCCGCUGUUCAACCCCCGCUACGCUGGCAGCUUCAUUGCCGGCUUCUUCGACGCCCAGCCAAACACCACCGGCGUUAAUUUUCCCGAGCUGCGGGAAAAUGGCUAUGAGAGCGUCAUCAGCGCGGUGCCGCAGUGGACGGGGCUCCAACUUGCCGCCACCCUCGACGGCACAAUGUACGUGCUCGACCCAAGCACAGCCAACACUAGCUCCGCUCACGUGACCGACUACCGCCAGGAGCUACGCAUGGCCACAGGUACAGUUUCGACGGCGUAUACGUGGCUGGGCGUUAUAGCUGUAAACAUAACAGUGCUGGCACACCGCGACAUCGAGACUCUCGGGCUCGUGCAACUCGAGGUUGCCCUGGUGCCCGGCGCGGCCCCGUUACAGCUGGACGUGGUGGACGUGCUUGAUUUUGCCUCCGCGCAACGCUGUGUGCUCAAGAAAGUUGGCUACGAAGACUCGGGCAUCUUUAUGACAGUGCAACCAGAAGGUGUUGAAUACAAGCACGCGACGCUGUACUCGCGGCUGAACGUGAACGCCCCCGGUAUCAACGAGACGCUCGCAGCCGCAUUCCAUAAGGUUACCAACACUGUGUCUGUGGCGCUGGAGCACCCACUUAGCAUGACCAAGUACGUGGGGGUGGUUUCGGACGAUCUGCUGGGGACGAACUCCAGCGACGCCACGUUUGCGGCAGCCAAAAGAACAGCCCUCGACGCGGCCAGGUACUCGUGGCCCAGUCUGCGCACCAUGCACGACAACGCCUGGGAUGCUGUGUGGGGUGACGUUGCUGUCAAGGUGGAGAGCGAGCCGUACCUGACUCUGGCUGCAGAGGCAAGCGUCUACCACCUGUUCGCCAACACGCGGUCCUCGGCUCGGAACCUGACAGCCGCGCUGGGGGUGGGCGGGCUCAGCUCGGACUCGUACGCCGGACUGGUCUUCUGGGAUGCAGACCUGUGGAUGAUUCCUGCGCUGCUGGCAGUUGCUCCUGAGACAAGCGUUGCGCUCAAUUCGUACCGGUACUAUUUGCACGAGCAGUCCGUGCGCAACGCAGCCGCAAACGACUAUCCAGGCGCGGUGUACUCGUGGACGUCGGGUCGGUUUGGCAACUGCACGGGCACGGGGCCCUGUGUCAACUACGAGUACCAUCUGAACGGGGCCAUCUGCUACUCGAUCUGGAAAGCAUAUUUGAGCGGGGCGAUCGACGAUGAGCACCUGGAGCAGUACGGCUGGCCGGUGCUGAGGGAUGCAGCAGAGUUUUUUGCCGGCUACGUGAAAUACAACGACACGCUGCAAAAAUACACCACGCACAAUCUGACGGACCCGGACGAGUACGCCAAUUUCAAGGACAACGCCGCUUACACGGCAGUGGUUAUCAGCCAAGUGAUGAAGUGGGCGGAUCGUGUGGCGCAGCAUCUGGGGAAGCCGUCCAACUCCACCCAGCUAAAAAUAAUGCAUAACAUGUAUCUGCCGCAAUCCAGCGACAACAUCACUCUCGAGUACGACACGAUGAACUCGUCGGUCUCGAUCAAACAAGCCGACGUGGUGCUGAUCCCGUACAUUGAUGACGAGGACGGCGCGCUGGAGCAGAAUUUUGGCUACGACGAGGUCCGUGCCACCAAUGACCUGUCCUACUACUCGCUGCACCAGUCGUCGCAGGGCCCCGCGAUGACGUUUCCAGUAUUCGCCGCCGUGAGCCAGAAGCUCAAUGAGUACGGCUGUGGCAGUCAGACGUAUCACUACAAGUCUGUGGAGCCGUUUCUGCGGUUCCCGUUUGCACAGAUGAGCGAGCAGAACAACGACAACUUCGACGCCAACGGCGGGACGCACCCGGCAUUUCCCUUCAAUACGGCACACGGUGGGCUGGUGCAGAGCUACUUCUUUGGACUCACAGGGAUCAGGUUCUCGUACGCGCUGUCAUCAGAGAACCGGCUCCAGCGCGUGCUCCAUUUCGACCCGGUCGAACUACCGCUCUUUGCUGGCGACCUGAAGAUUUCCGGAUUCAAGUACUUGAACCAGUCGCUCGAGAUAGCUAUUGGCGAGACAAACGGGACGAUCCGCCACCGCGGCACGACUGAGCCUAUUCUCGUGUACGUGGAUGACAGGAACGAGGCCGCUGGCUACCACACACUGCAGCCUGGCGCAGAGCUGACGGUGCCGGUGCACGUGAAACAGUUCAACACACCGGGCUCCCUCACAGAGUGCCAGGCGCUCGCACACAGCCUGACGCAAGGGCGCGACGGUGACGUGGUCAUGUCAAUCGUCGACGGUGACAACUCUACCACCUGGCAGGCCGAAAAUAAGAAUGGCAACGCGGCGGUGCUGCUGGAGCUCGAAACGAGCGAAACGUUCAACGCGGGGGCCAUUGUGUGGGGGAACCGGCCUGCAGCGAAUUUCUCGCUCAGCCUCGUAUCGGAGCCUCUGGACACCACAGGAACAGAUGUUGUGAUAGACGAGUCGAAGCUCGUGCGAGUGCUCACCGACCACCCCGUCCAAAUAGCCUCGCCCUACAAUGCAUCCGACACAGAGGUUCGAAUCUCAGAGCCAAACAGUACAACGUUUGCGCUGCCACAGGACUACACCGCGCAGUACGUCCUGCUGGAAGUUUACGGCACACUGGACACCGACGACAGCAGCUACGGCGCAUCGGUCGCGGAGCUGGGGCUCUUCUAUCACUAG